AUGGCCGAUGCGACACCCACUCUCCCACUCUGCGAGUUGUCCCUAUAUCCCGCGACGAGGCAGCAAACCUUAGACUCUCGCAGAAGACACUUCGAGCAGUGGGGCCGCGGUAUGCCCUUGGAAGAGUACCUUCGCCGUGACGAUGUUCUGGAUAGCGAUCCACACGCAGCGAACGGAAACAUGAUCACCUGGGUACUCGUGCGGCGUACCGAGCCCACGAGCCUCGACUUCCUCUCCUCCUGCGAGACGUACCGCCGCACCGCGACCGCCUCGCGCCGCGGCUCCCCAACCGCGGAGGACGUGACCGCGUACGGCGUCGCGUCCGUCUUCACGGCCCCCGCGAACCGCCGCAAAGGCUACGCGCGCCACAUGAUGCGCCUCCUCCACUGGGUCCUCGCCGCGCCCGACGCGCUCGACCGCGCGAGCUUCCCCGCCGCGUGGGGCGCGCCCCCGGACCCCGAGGUGCUCCGCGCCGCGGGCGUCGCGAACGGCCGCUUCUCCGUCCUCUACAGCGACCUCGGCCGCGACUUCUACCACGCCUGCGGGCCGCGCCCCGACGCCCCGCGCGCGGGCUGGGCGACACUCGGCGCGCGCGAGACCUUCUUCGUCCUCUCCGCCGAGCGCGCGCCGCGCAUGGAGGCGGCCGCGGAGGAGGAGCUCGAGCUCGCGCGGCUGGACAAGGCAGACGUCGAGGCGCUGUACGCGCACGACGCGCGCUGGCUGCGCGCGGACGUCGCACGCGCGGCCGCGGUGGCGCCAGGGCGCGUGCGGCUCGCGUUCCUGCCCGACGCGGGCGUGGGCGCGUUCGUGAUGUCGCGCCUCAUGGACUUCGACAUGCGCCUGCGGCCGACGAUGAACCUGCGGCUGUGGGGCGCGGCGGUCGUGCCCGCGGGGCAGGCGUUCGCGGACGUGCUGGCGGCGGCGGGCGAGGGGCGGGAGGAGGAGGUGCGGUUCGUGUCGUGGACGUACGAGCUCCGGACGGAGCCGAAGACGGUCGUCGUCGCGCGGCUGCGGGCGGACGAGCGGACGUUCCCGAAGAUGGUGGGGGAGCUUGUGCGGGCGGCGGAGGAGCACGGGUGCACGAAGAUCGAGUUCUGGUCCAUGCCGGACAACCUCCGCGGGCUCGCGGAGAAGAUGGGGUUCGCGACGAAGGAGCGGACGGAUCACCUGUCCGCGAUCAAGUGGUACGGAGAUGAAGGCGAGGAAGAGCUGGACUGGCUCUACAACGAGAAGUACGUGCUUCUACUGUUGGUGCCCGUGUGA